GCCAAAAUUUUUAUCGAGCAGCCGUCGUUGCGGCUCCUUGGUCUCUUUCUCUCCAACUCGAGCUUUCAUGAGAUCUCACAUCUGCCGAUGGCCAGCCAUCACCCGAAUCUUCUCCACAUCCGCAUCCCCACAGGCGUCCAUUAAGGCCCUGGCGAUACCCCAGGACAUCCAAUCCCUCGCAUCCGCCGGCCGGCUCAAGGACGCCAUCCGAUCCCUCAUCCUCCGCCGCCACCUCGGCCGCCCGGUCUAUCCGGAGUGCUUCGUCUCCAUCCUCCGACGCUGCGCUGACGCCGAUUCCCUACUCAUCGGGCGGCAGCUCCACGCCCAUAUGGUCGUCACCUGCUUCGAUCAGGACCCCUUCGUCUGCAACCAUCUCAUCAAUGUGUACGGUAAGUGCGGCUCCUUGGACGACUCCCGUUGGGUUUUCAGAAGGUUGGGGGAGAAAAGGUUGCAUUCUUGGAACAUUCUGAUCGCUGGGUACUGCGAGUUUGGCUUUUUAAGUGAAGGUAGACGCUUGUUUGAUGAAAUGCCCAAGCGGGGUGCGGUUUCGUGGAAUACGAUGAUCGCAGCAUAUGAUCAUUGGGGACCAUGCGAGGAGGCACUGGAGUUGUUUGCUUUGAUGAGACAUUCUGAUUGCGAUAUCGAUCGUUAUGGGCUUUCCAGUGUGAUUAGUGCCUGUGCCAAUCUUAGAUUUAUACAGAAUGGAGAGGCACUUCAUGGGUUUUCUGUAAAGCUUGGACUUGAUUCGCAUGUUCAUGUGGGUAGUGCUGUGGUUGGAUGCUAUUCAAAAUGUGAACAGUUUGAUGAUGCUGCUAGAUUUUUUGAUCAAAUGGAUGUUAAAGAGCUCUUUACUUGGAACACAAUGCUUGAUGGUUAUAUACAGUGUUCAAAGAUUAGUGAUGCAAUUAAUUUCUUCAACAAUAUGCCGGAAAAGAAUGUCAUCUCUUGGACUACCAUUGUGGCUGGAUGUUCACAGCAUGGUAGAAAUGAGAAGGCAAUUGAUUUCUACAAUAAAAUGCUUACAAAUGGUUUGAUACCUGAUUGGAUGUGCUUUGUUAGUGUUUUAAAUGCAUGUACAGGGUUGUUGGAUCUUAGAAAAGGAUCGAAGAUUCAUGCUAGUAUUCUUAGAAGUGGCCUUGGAGCAGACAGAAUUGUUGGAAGUGCCUUAGUGGCCCUCUACGCAAAAUGUGGGUGCUUUAUUGAUGCACAAAAAGUAUGUCAUGAUUUAGCUGUUGUUGAUGACUUCUCACAGAGCGUACUAAUAGCUGAAUAUGUUAAACAUGGAUUGUUUGAUAGUGCACACAAAUUGUUUGAAAGCUUGACCGUGAAAAGUGUCACACUAUGGAAUGCAUUGAUUGGAGGUUAUGCUGCAGCAGGUUUGUUUGGAGAGGCUUCUGCAACCUUUAAAAGAAUGCAGAUGGAUGGUAAGUAUGGUGAUGAUUACACCUUUGGAAGCCUCCUCGCCAGUGGUGUGCAUCUGGAAUUAAGUUUUGGUGAACAACUUCACUCACUGAUAGUGAAGUUGGGAGUUGAUUCAUCUCUUUUUGUAGCUGGUGCUCUUAUUACCAUGUACAGCAGCAAUUUAAAUUGUCAAGCUGCGGUAAGAAUAUUUGGGUCCGUCAAGCAUCCAAACCAUAUUAUAUGGACUUCCAUGAUUUCUGGGUUUGCAUCAAAUAAUUUGAUUAAUGAGGCCAUCCAUAUGUUUUCUGUCAUGACUUCUUCAGGUAUACUGCCAGAUAAUGUUUCAUUAUCAAUUGUUAUUGAUUCAUGUUCAAGUUUAUUAAAUCUGCAUGUCGGAACACAACUUCACGCCUUUGCGUACAAGUUAGGUUUUGAAUCAGAUGUUGUAGUUGGAACUGCUCUCAUAGAUAUGUAUGGGAAAUGCUGGAACAUUGAUCCUGCAUCACGUGCAUUUGCUGAUAUAAACAUGCACAAUAUUUUUAGCUGGACUGCACUAGUAAGUGGGUACAUGAGUUUGGGAAUGCAUGAAACUGCGAAGAAGCUUUUUGAGAUGAUGCCUCAGCACAACAUUGUUUCAUGGAAUAUAAUGCUUUCUGGAUAUGCAAAACAUGGUUUUUCAUCAGAAGUAUUACAAUUAUACAGUCAAAUGUCUAGAUCAGGCAUAUUGCCAGAUCUCAGAAGUUUUGCCUCUCUUUUAGCAGUUUGCAUCGAGUCUAUGUUGGUGGAAAAUGGAAAGCAAGUUCAUGCCCAAAUUAUAAAGAACGGCUAUCAUGUGAAGGCACAAAUUGAUUUAUAUUUGACGCAUAUGUACCAGAAAUUUGGAGAAUUAGGGAGUGAAAAUGAGUUCACUUCUAGCUCCUUUGAUUCAAUUGUCACUGUAGAUGGAUCAAAACCAGAUACCAUAUCAAAGAAUAUUCAACUUUUAGCAUCUGCCUACUGGAACUACUUUAGUAGAAUGAAUGGCCAAAACAGAGCAGAUUGAUGGAAUCAUUGUCUAGCAAAAGUUCACAUUUGGCAUUAUGCCGUGACUUCUGCACUGAAAUUUGACUUUGAUGGAGGAUUAGUGCUUGUGCGACAAUAACAUUGAUCCAUUUCAAACGUACAGCUAGGAGGUGGUAGAGGGAGAAGAGGACUAUGACAGUGACUUAAUCCAUGACAUGAUCCAUCUUCCCCCAGGAUCAACUUCAAGAUAUGUUGAAUUUCCAUCCAACUAGGUUUGAUUAUGCAUCUCUCAUGGUUUUAUAUUCCUGUUUGGCUGCUUCAUAGGAGCACUUGUUUGUCCCCAAGCGAUUUUAUAUUUAUGUCACUGCUUUUAUGUCACGAUCUACUGUCUCUUAUAUCAAAUGCCUUGCUUGUUUCUCGUCUAUUUCCAUUUCCAAAUCUGUGGUGGAAGCUCUCACUCAUCCUGAUGGGAAAAUGCUACAGUUAAGAAAAGUCGGCUUUACAUGCUAAUGUUACUAACUCAUUAGUUCAUUGUUUUCAGAUAAUUUGAUUGUUUCUUGUCACUGGGCAUGCUGAAAGUUAAUCCUGAUACCGCAACCUUUUUUAUAAAGCUUCGCUGUUCGCAGAAGAAUAUCUGUGUUUUGCAGCAGCUUGACAUCAAGGAUACAUUAUCGUAUUGGAAGAGGCCUCAUGGUUUAUCAACCAAAAAAGGCCUUAUGGCUCAAAUAGCCUCUUCUAGCAUGAUAUGACAACUUCAUUAAAGAUAUUUGAAGUUCGGUAUGAUUUAAAGUUCAGGUUUGUAGAAAAAAAAAGGUGAGAUAGAGCCAUAAAAUGCUCGUUUGACCACUUACUGGUGAAACUAUCGCCGGGGCUAUGGUGGGAAGGGCGUUUAGUUGUUAUCCAGACAUCUACGAUUCGAUUCCCAGCUAUAGCGCAUUUGCAGAAAUUUUUCCUCCAAAUGGGGCUCACAACCAAGGGAUGUUUAGCUUCUGGGCCGUCCGCCACGAGCGCUUCCCGAUUUACCCUGACAAUCGAUGAGAAACUUACGUGGGGUUGGGCUAGUCAUCCCAAGGUCAAAGAUAUCUGACAUGGUUAAUCAUUUUUUUUUUAUCGAUACUCCGCAACAGCUCCUUGUUUGGAUCCAUGAUUGAGAAUUUUUUAAAUUUGUUGCUGAAACUAUAGGACCUUCUUCCGUAUCACUGAACAUGGAGUUGACAUAUGAUGCAAUUUUGUUCCUUCCCGGUUGUUACACUGCUUUUCGUAUUCUUCUCCGAAAUCAGAAGAUGAAUUCAGUCAUAGCACUGCGUCAGGGGAUUUGUUUUCGCCACAGGUUUGUAGAACUUUAUCAAACCAUGAAUCUCAAGUUCUUUGGGGUUUUAUUAUUAGUGGAAAGUGAAAUUUCAUGCUACAAUUUGGGGUUUGAUCCAACUGUUUGGUUAUAUUACUGCCUGACGUUUCGUCAAAUAGUUCAUCCUCUUCAAUUUUUUCGCUUUAUAAGCAUAUUAUUACAUUGCCAAACACAGUAUCGCAAUGUGCAGAGUUACAGCCUUGCAGGCAAAGUUGAAUGUGCAGGGAUCCUCUGGUCCAUUUUUAACGGACCAGGUCAUGGUCCAUUACAGUGAUUGAUGGGAUUUAAGCCCCUGGUCCAGGAGUGGAUCAGGACAGACGGGACGAGAGGAUCCCGUCUGAAGUUGAAUAGGAUUGAAGAAAGGAGCUCAUGAUUGGCAUCUUCGGACAUCCCAACUCAAAAGAGUAGUUUGGGAGAAAGCUGACCGUGAUAUGGGGAAAGGGUUUCUCGUAGGCUUGAAAUUUGAAUCGGUUUGAGGCGCGACAGGCAGAAAGGAACGAUCAAUCCAUUUGCAUCUUAUUAGAGACAAAGUUAGGAAAUUUAUAUAGAGAUCUAGUUGAUCAGAAUUUGGAGACAAUUCAUUGCAAAGAAAGUUAAGGCAUUGGUAUAGCUAUGGCAUAUAAUUCCUUCCAAGUAUCUUUUGUAAUGCCGAAAAAUAUUAUUUUUAUUGAGAAUUAACUAAAGUUAUC